UCGUAUUUUUACAUAGCAUAUAAUGUGAAAAUUGCAGCGGGAGGAAAUAAGCGUUUCAUAAUGGCAGCGAUGGCGAGUUCGAAACGAUCUUCAGUUAGCUCUUUAUCGUCUGAAUUUAUUUGGAAGGAAAUUAACAUUCCGAAACAGUUGAACAAACAAGUUCUCAGAACACUUUUAAAGACGAUAAGUGACAAAGAUGUUAAAUCAUCUGAUUUUCUUGAAGAUGUAGAGCCUGUUAUCAGUUCCUUGAUAGUGUUUCUGUGGUCUGAAACAACACGACCUUUGGAACGCCAUCUUGCCAUAACUAUUUUGCAAAAGUUAGCACCACACCCAAGUAUAUCUGAAGUUGUGUCGACAGCUACUGUCAAUCAGCUGAUCGAAGUUCUUCCAGUUUUAAUAGCACAGACAGAAGACUUGGAAGAUUAUAAAAGAUGGCUGGAUAAACUCAUUGGGUACAUAAACACAAAGGAAGUAAGCCUUCAAGACCAGAGAAGAAUUCAAACUUUCCUAACCUGUGCCAUCUCUAUGCAUCCAAAGCUAUUCCACAUUGAAGACAUAAAAACAAUUCUACAGCAAGCUCCUUGUUGGCUGAAGGAAGCAGCCAUUGUUUCUGCACGAAAGACAGCAUCCUCUCUAAAAAAGUCUGCCUUGCCUUCGGCAGUCACAGAACUUGAUGGUGUGCCUUCAUCAGAAUUCUUCACUGUUCUCAGCUAUGCCCAUUAUAACACAAUUGACCAACUUCUGAAUAUUCAAACAUUUUCAAUGCUGAGAACCUGGUUGCUUAGUGUCUGUAGAGACCAUCAGGGGGCAGUAAUAGAGAAACAUUCAUGUCCACAUUUGGGUGAAGUACUUUCUGUUGAGAUUUCUGGAAGCAUUAAAGACUACUGUAUACGAAUUGUGGACCAGAGUGAUCGAAAUCCCCAAGAUCCAGAGAAUGUUGAUAUUCAAAAAGCUUGCCUGGUAGAGGCAGUGUCUCUUCUGGAUAUAUUGUGUCAAGCAGAUUCGUCUCUGGUCCUGUCAGUUGUUCCAACCAUCAGGAGAAUUUAUGACCGGCUGUAUGCACAGGGCACCACUCUGGUUAAUCUUGGAAAUGUUUCAGUUUUAUGUUCUGUGGUUCAGUUCUUCCUACAUCACAGUUCUGCUAUAAUUCACAAAUUGGAUGACGUUUAUGUCUUCUUGUUCCGUGACCUUCUUCCUCAUAUUUGUAAAGACAGCUUUACCGCUUGUGAAAUGGUUUUUCUCAUUGAGAACAAUUUAUCUCAGCUCUGCUACCAGACAAGUAUCCUAGAAAAGUUCUUCCCUAACAUUCUGAAGAUCUUGGCAUGGAGCCCAUCGUUAUUCCAAUGUCAUUUUAUUCAAAUUCUUCCAGCCUUUCUGUCACAACAAACUUGUAUUGAAGUGUUUCACACACUGCUUGACCUACCUUGUCUUACAGUAGCCCUGAUACUGAAUUUCCUUAGUGAUUAUAAGGGUGAACACAUUGAGGCACAGAUUGCAAAGUACAGCAUGACCUCUAAAGAUAUUGACCUUUAUGCUGAUCCAAGUUUUCAACCUAUGUUUCAGUUUUUCUUACGAACAACAAGUGGUGUUGGUGACACUUUCAAUCGUAUUGGUGAUUUCCAUGAUGCUCUUUGUCGAAAUACAACCCACCCACAAGUUCUCUACUGUGCUGAAGCAGUCAUUCCUCUGUUGAGCUGUUUUUUUGACACCUUCCUCCAGUUUGCUGAUACUUCAUUGGUUGCUUCUCUUCUUCCUGUUCUCAUAGAAAGGACCUUGAUUCUGUACCCAGUGGAGGGUUACAUUGAAAAAGUCCAAAGAAUGAUGUCAGAAAAUGUUAUCAAACUUAUAUCUCUUCAUCCUGAUGUCCUGGUCCACCUUCAAGAAGAAAUAGGAGAGUUCUAUAGCCACAUCAAAAACUUCAGUUAUUCUUCUGAAUUCUUUAUAAGCUUGGUCUGGACUAUUGGAGAAUAUGUCAGUCAGACGUACAGUGGGCUGUGUAAGCCUGAAAUAAUAACAACUUACUAUGAAGGGCUGGAGUACGUACCUUAUGAGUUGGUUGGAUCCCAUGAGCUGUCUGUUUCACAUUUCAGGUUAAUGAAUAUUACUGUGACAACUCUUGCAAAGUUAGGAACAAGAUGUCAAGACCUGCUUCCAAGGGUUAUUCUGUGCUUAAGUAAAGUCAGAAAACAGCUUCUGCUAUCUAAGGAAGAAGAGGAAAAAUACCACAAGAUAAGAGGGAUAGUUGUGGAAAGGAUUUCUGAACUUCUGGCCAUCUUGCAGAUUCCAAAUGCAGCCUCAGUGGUUUUGAAUCCAUCAAAGGAUCUGGAAUCUGGAAGGUGGCAUCAGGAUGUGACAUCACUCCCAUUUGCUUUAAGGACAGCUUGUUUGAUGUUAGAAACAUAUAAGGAUUUAAAAAUAUAAUCCAAGAAGACUGUUGAAAUGAACAGCUGACCAUCAUUAUUUGUGAAAGUUGUUAUGAGAAAUAAAAUCAUUAUUUUUAUUAA